UUUGCUGCUUCCUCCAGUCGCUGCUGUUGCGUGUGUUUUUGCCAGAACAGGAGCAGGAGUUCAGUGAGAGUCGGGAGAGUUCAGAGAGCAGCCGGGACGCAGGAGGCAUGAUGUGGGCUCGGAUGAUGGUCGCUGUGCGGGGCUCCGGCUCCAGGCUGCGGGGCUCCAGGGACGGGCUGCUGCGGGGGGCUGCUGCGGGCUGUGCGGGGAAGAGACAGGCGUCCAGCGGGGAUGCUGCCUUGAAGAAGACUCCGCUGUUUGACUUCCACAGGGAGCAGGGGGGAAAGAUGGUGGAGUUUGCAGGCUGGAGUAUGCCUGUUCAAUACAAAGACAGUCACAUCGCUUCACACAUGCACACCAGAGAGCACUGCUCCAUCUUUGAUGUCAGCCACAUGCUUCAGACCAAAGUCCACGGCAAAGACAGGGUGAAGUUCAUGGAGUCUCUCGUAGUUGCAGAUAUUGCAGAACUCAAGGACAACCAAGGUACGUUGUCCCUCCUCACCACUGAGAAAGGAGGGAUUAUUGAUGACCUCAUUGUGACAAAGACAGACCAGGGCUACCUCUACGUCGUCUCCAACGCUGGCUGUGCCGACAAGGACUCGGCUCAUAUGAAGGCCAGACUGGCAGAGUUCAAAGCUGCAGGUUUUGAUGUGGAUCUGGAGUUCCUCGAUGAAGCGCUGAUCGCUCUGCAAGGUCCUUCCAUGGCUCAGGUGCUGCAGGAGGGGCUAAAGGAGGACCUCACUAAGCUGACCUUUAUGACCUCCGCCUUGGCCACUGUGUUUGGUAUUCCUGGCUGCAGGGUGACUCGCUGUGGAUAUACCGGAGAAGACGGGGUGGAGAUCUCUGUCCCUCCCUCCAGAGUGGUGGAGCUGACGGAGAAGCUGCUGGCUAACAGUGAGGUGAAGCUGUGCGGUUUGGGCGCCAGGGACAGUCUACGUCUGGAGGCGGGGCUUUGUCUCUAUGGAAAUGACAUCGAUGAGACCACCACGCCUGUGGAGGGCACCCUAGUAUGGACCAUAGGAAAGCGUCGGCGUCAGAACAAGGAUUUCCCCGGUGCUGACAUCAUUGUUCCUCAGAUCAAAGCCAAGACGGCCAGGAAGAGAGUCGGCCUGGUGUCCACCGGCCCCCCCGUCAGACAACACACACCCAUACUCAGCCCUGAUGGAAAGGUCAUAGGUGAAGUGACCAGCGGCUGCCCGUCUCCCUGCCUCAAAAAGAAUGUUGCCAUGGGUUACGUGGAUGCAGCAUUCACAAAAAACGGAACAGCCAUCCAGGUUGAGGUCAGGAAAAAAGCAGUGCCGGCCAUCGUCAGCAAGAUGCCCUUCGUCCCCACCAACUACUAUUCUGGAUAGGGGACACACACACACACACACACACACACACACACACACACACACACACACACACACACACACACACACACACACACACACACACACACACACACACACACACACACACACACACACACACACACACACACACACACACACACGCACACGCACACGCACACACACACACACUCUGGACCAUUCCUGCACUCUGUCCCAUAUUCACCAAUGCUGUCCCCUUCCGUUUACCUCCAGCAAUGCAACACCAGUGUAAGACUGAACUUCUUCAUCGAUGAGUCCUCUGAGAGGAUAUAAUCCAAAAAUGCUAAACUAUUAUACGAUACAGUAGGUGUGCUGGUGAUGUGAUCAGACACUUUCAUUGUGUAGCACAUUAAAUGCAUAAUAGUUUGCCUUUGAGACACUAAAGCAGAGAUUGCAAUGUUCAGUUCCACAGUAUAAACUGACAGCUGGUUUGAGGACAACAGGACUUAACAUGUAAUAAAAAGACUGUGCAGGACAUUUCCAACAGCAGGCUGUCUACAAACAGCUAGUAUGAUACAUGCGUGUUUUCAAAAAAGACAUCAUCCAGUAACACGGCUUCACAUAUGGAAAUGAACUACAAGCAGUAUUGUUGAGUCAGAGAAUGUAUGUAAGAUGUGAAGGGCUUAGAUGCUCUGUUAACACGAUUAAUGUUUUAUAAGUGGACAGCAGGUUAAACUGAUUAAACGUACUGCGUGUUCAGUAAGAACAGAACAGGUGAAGCUGCGUGGAUCCAUUAAACACAAUUAAUAAUUAACUUUUUGUUGUAGUAUAUAGGUUUUGCUAAAUAUAACAUGACAUCAUUAACUUUGUUAACGCUGGACCAAAACUAAGAGAUUCCAAAUGGUUCUUCUGAGGUUAAAUCAUUGCAUAUCUGCAGCAAAUCACAGUCAACUUUCUAUUGAUGUUAUUGUCGUAAACCGAUUGAUCAACAGAGAUUAAACAGUCAGAUAAUAAUCCUUCCAACACAAAACUAUCUGAAAUAUGCAAAUUAAUACAAACGUGCCAGUUCAGUUUGUGAAAUUUGCAUUUUUGUUCUCACAGAGUUCUUGUUUGGAGGGAUGUUGAGAGAAUUCAAGUUUGCUCUGUUGAUUUGGUCACAAACCUCAACAUCAAAUGGAAACUUUUUAUGACAAUGUCUGAAAAAAACCUGAAAGAAAAGUUUACGCUACAUGUGGCACAAUGAUAUCAUAACUUGAAAAUGUGUUUAUUGUGAUUGUGUGUUCUGUCUGGUCUUGAUGAAAUGUAAUUUCAUUGUCUUUGGACUUUCUGUGGAGCUCUGAAUGUAUUAUUUUGUCAAAAAUAAUAACAUACUUAACAUAAAAAUAACACUACUGAUUUAUAUGUUCAGUUUUGUCAUCUCUGUCUUUAAGGCGCACUUUUUGCGUCACUGUUGAUUUUAAUACUUAAUUGAAUUUUCAUGUAAACAUUUUGAAUAACAUUGUUUCUUUGAAUAGAAAAUAUCUUCUUCUUAUUAAAGACAAUUUCAUUUUAAUUUUCUCGUGACCCGCUGUCAUUUUCUACUGA